GCUCAGUUACAGGGAUUAAUGGGAUACAACUCUAGUAAAUGUUUGAUAAUAUUAGCGUACUCACCCCAAAGGGGCAUAGCCGCAGUAACAGCGGCAGCAGAGGGCAUAGUCGGAACAACAGCGGUAAUUGUAAUUUUUCCGCUUCACCGCGCAAAACAAUGGCAUACAACAGACAAACAAGUAGUGUGGGAUCAGUCAAUAGUUUAGAAUUACCUGUAAGCGAAGACACACUGCUAAAACCUCGCAGCAGGAGCAUAUCGGAGGCAGAUAUUGAACAGUACAGAUGUGCCAAUCGAGUUCGAGUGUUCUUCUUCGUCAUACUGGCCAUUGUCUCCAUCGCACCUUUAGCAUUACAUUCGCUCCGAGUUAUUAAUAACUCACGUACGUCUUGUGGAUGGAAUAAUGACGGCGCUUGGGUGACUGGCGUAGCGUACGGACCGAAUCCUUAUGAUCUGUCCUACGGUACGAAUGCAGGGGUCACAUGCGCUAAUGUCAAAGACGUACCCGCAGGGUUUGUCACAGAUACUUUCAUAGUACCGAGUGCGGACGAGAGCGAGAAGUGGUUGAUGUUUUUUGAAGUACGGAACUACGAUAGCGGACAUGGAGAUAUAGGUAUGGCGUGGUCUCCAGAUCAGGGUGCGCACUGGGUGUACGAGUCUAUAGUAGUGAAUGAGACUUACCACACAUCCUACCCCUUCGUACUGCGCCACAGUGUUGAUCCAAAAGUCACGAACUCGUUGGUAAUGAUACCUGAGACCAGUGCCAUCAAUGAGGUCAGGGCGUAUGUUAGUAGCACAGACACACCAACUGAGUGGACUUAUUUCGAGACACUUAUCAGCGGCAGAGCUUAUUCAGACGCGAGUGUGUUGGAGUACAACGGUGUGUGGUAUAUGUGGGCGUAUGUCGCCUCGGAGAAUGAUGUACAUCUGUUCUAUUCCGACUCACUGCUGGAAGGCACUUGGACUGAACAUCCCAUGUCACCACUGGGCGCAGCACAGGUGCACAGUGAUUUCCGCCGACCCGCCGGGAGACCAUUAGUACUACGAGGCGAUAAACACGCACACAAACAAGACAAGGUCAUACGGUAUGUGAAAGAGGGAGCCCAGAGGUUAGUAGGGUACGGGGCGGCUGUAUGGGCAUUAGAAGUGACUGAGCUCAACACCACACACUAUGGCGAGCGUAUUCAACGUCGCAUCAGUCCUGUAGGUGGUAACGGGUGGGUGUCCAAGCGUGUGGGCAAUGUGGAUGCGCAUGAGAUCUCGCCGGGGUUGUGGGUGGCUGGUAUCUCGGGCGACCAUACUGGAGACUAUCCUGUUACACGGUACUUCAUAAGCACUGUAGUUCUUCUAUUGGGCGCAGGAGUGCUGCUAGCCUUGACUUACACUGUCGCAGAUAUCACGAAGCGUGUGGGAGCUACGCGCCGACACCUGCACCGAUUCGCAAUGGAGAAGGUAUACACACACCCAACUAUACUAUCUAUUCUCACGAUAUGUUUGGGUAUGGCUGUACUUUGGCAGUUCGAUUUCCUUCUCGACUGUCGGCCGCCGGUGAACGUAGUAAACUUCACCGGAAUAGGCCCGCACUGUGAUCUGCCCGAGUAUGGGGAUGUUGCCUCGUGCGAGGGCUACCGUAAAUUGGUAGAGAAGCAGAGCAUAGUGGCCGCUAUAGCAGGGUUGGAUGCGGAUGUGAUAGUCGCCGAUAGUACUGUUGUGGACAGUACCGCGAACGAUGUCGCACAUAAGGCAGAAGCUGUCGUACAGAACAAUGAGCAUGCGCAGGAGGGAGGUGAAGGUGAUGCUUUAUUAGAGUGUGAGGUAACCUUGGUGACGGCGUUGUUCGACCUGGGUAGGUAUUCGCACAAGGCUGAGAAUAUGGAGGAGAAGUUCAAGGCGCGUUCGUUCGAAAAGUACCAAGCCUGGUUCGUCGAUAUACUCAAGCUCAACUCGUGCCUGGUCAUAUACAUCGAAGAGGAAAGCGAGGCCUUAGUGUGGGAGCACCGAAACAAAAACAACACAGUUGUGCACGUAAUACAGAAUAUCACGGAGGGGUAUGAGAACUUGAGUGCUAUCAAGAAGGUACUCAACGAUGAGUCAUAUACAAGCCAGGUAGUGCGACCUGGCAGGCCAGAGAUGAAGUUCGCAGCAUAUGGGGUGACUAUGUUCAAGAAGAUUGACUUUGUGAAGGAGAGUGUGGUUGCGAAUCCCUUCCGGUCCGAGUACUUCUUCUGGCUGGACGGUGGUUACGGCCACGGCCGCCGCAUGCCUGACUUUGGUACGGAGGUGUGGCCUGAUCCCAAGAAAGUUCGCGAAUACGUAUCCCCUUAUCAGGUAUUCAUACUACAGGCAGACCAGCCCGACUCGCACAACUGCGCCGAUCUUCGAGCUACGUUUAUGAACCACAAAACCGCUAUGGCUGGAGGAUUCUUUGGCGGCAAAGCCCAGCCUCUACUAGACUUCCAUACAAGCUUUCACAGACAGCUUGAUAAGACACUUGAGAUGGGUAUUAUGGAUGAUGAUCAGGCUGUGUUCUUUGCCAGUUGGUGUGAGCAGCACAGUCUGUUUCAAAUGGAACAGUGUCCACCCAAUGUGAUGUGCCAGAUCACAGGCACGAAGAGGUGUUUCGAUAGGUGGAAUUGCGCGGUCUCCUUCUUCUCGGAGGGAGACGUGCAUGCACACCAUAUCCCACUAAUCAACUGGAUUGAGAUGUAGGGUUACCAUCUUUAAGGAUGUGUGCACGUUUUAUGAUAUAUAUGAUGUAUAUUUUGUGUAUAUAAGCAAAUAGAGCAAGGUGAUGCGUGACUAUUGCAUAUGAGCCUGAAACUCGCAAAACUAUAGCGCCAACAAUCAGCGCCGGGGCAGAUCUGUUUCUGCCUAAUACAACGUGUGAUGUACACAGCUCCCGUUGUACCAAAUAUUAGGGUCUUGAUGGCCAAUAAACCUAGAACAGAAUCAAAU